AUUGCCUCCUACCUGCGAGCCGUUAACGACGUCUUCGACAAAGCAGAGUUUGACGGGAUCAACCUGAUCAACUUCAGAGUUAAAAAUCUAAAUGUGAUGUUCCAGGAGGAUGAAAGUGAUCCUCUGAACCCGCUGUACAUCGGGCCUGAGAAGUUGUUAAGUCUGUUCUCUGAGAACAACUGGGGAAACUACUGUCUGUCGUACCUGCUGACCAACAGGGACUACAGUGGAGUCUUAGGGCUCGCCUGGGAGGGAAAAGCUGGUAAUUGGGGAGGAAUUUGCUCACAGUACACCACCCUCCGUAAUGGGCGCAUGUCCACCCUCAACACGGGGCUCAUCACCAUUCAGAACUACGGGCAAAUCCUUCCCCCCCACCUCGUCGCGCUGACCGUCGCUCACGAACUGGGCCACAGCCUGGGAUCUCCGCACGACGAGGGCGUGAACUGCGGGGACCUGGGGUCAAACGAGGGCAAAGGCCGCUACCUGAUGUUUCCUCACGCCACAGACGAGGUGCGGGAAAACAGCGACAAAUUCUCCCCGUGCAGCAUCGAACGCAUCAGCAGCAUCCUGAAGCAGAAGAAGGACGACUGCUUCGAAGUCAGCAAUCAGCCCAUCUGUGGAAACCACUUAGUGGAGGAAGGCGAGGAGUGUGAUGUCGGUCAGAACGUCACGGACCUCUGCUGCUACAGCGCCAAGGAGCCUGUGGGAGUCCAGUGUCGACUCAAACCGCAAAAAGUCUGCAGUCCGAGUCAGGGUCUGUGUUGUAGUCUGGAGUGCCAGUUUAAGCCCGACACUCAUCUGUGUGACGAGGAGACGGACUGUCAGGAGGCCAGCUUCUGUUCAGGCCGCACGGCGCUCUGCCCGCCUCCAACGGCAAAGGAGAAGUUCACCGUCUGCAGCCAGGGCACACGGAUCUGCCUGGACGGGGUCUGUGGCGAGUCCGUGUGCGUGAAGCACGGCCUGCAGCAGUGUGGAUGUCCAGGAGACUCCAUGAAGGAGAAGUGUCACUUGUGCUGCCAGCAGCCCGACAAUCCUGAGACGUGUGUCAGCUCCACCUCCCCAACGCUGUCUGCAUAUUUUCAAAACAAAUCGUUGCCCCUCGUGGGCGGAGCUCCGUGUUCGCAGAAUCAAGGUUACUGCGACAAAUUCCACGUGUGUCGCCUGCUGGACGCCGACGGGCCCAUCGCCAGACUGAAGAACUCCUUCCUCCAUUUGGAUGACUUUGAUGACAUGGCCGAGUGGAUGAAGGCUCACUGGUGGGCCAUCCUGCUGGUCAUCCUGACGCUGUCGGCUGUGAUGGGCUGCACCGUCUGCCUGUGUAGCCGAACCCUCAACACCCGCGACCUGGAGUGACCCCUGACCUCUGACCCCUGCCCCGGUGUGGAGCAUGCCAACCGUUUAGCUGGACUCCUUCGUCCGUUUGGGAUCGACCUCUGAGGACAUCAACACCUGCUCAACGUCUCUCACGCCAGCUUUGUCACCCGAUAUCUCUUGUGUGCCGCCGAGCGUCUGCGCCUCCUCCCGCCUGGGGAACGCCUGCUCAGCAUUCAGGAGGGCUCCUGUCAUGCAUGUGUUGUGGAAAAUGUUGCUGCCAACUGUGGGAAGGGUCAGACCGGCAUCGUGAAGAGCGGCGGCGUGCUGUCAGCAACAACGACGCAAAUAAACCAUUUCUGCUUUG